AUGAAGUACAGCGCAGCUCUCACUCUCGGGGGUGCUCUCGCCUCCGUCCAGGCCCAAUGGCUCGAUACCGAAUCUGUCAGCUGGCCUGAGCUUGAAGCUCUCGGCGGCGGCUACCGCCCGUGGGGUGGUAUCGAUAUCGGUGAUCCCAGCAUCAUGCCCCUCGAGUACAUUCUUGGGGAGCUCAAUGCUAUCACCGGAGACUAUCCCUACAGCUACUACUACCCCUACGCCUACUACCCUCCUCCGCUCACCAUUCCCCGCCCGAUCCCUGGCUACCCGGUCAACACGGUCGGUUACCUCCUGCCCACCACAACCAUUCAAUUCAACCAGCUCAACCGCCAGGCGGAUUGCUCUGCACCGGGCGGGCGCAUCGAGUAUCUCACCGACCCUACCGAUACAGAAACACCAAUUGUAACCGACACCAGAACCCAAGUCACUUUCACCUUCCCGCUCGACGUCCUCGACAAAAACUGCCAGUUCAUCUUCUUCCUCGGCAACACCAGCACCAUUAACGGCUCGGGCAGAUUCCUUCUGCUGCAGAACGAAACCCCAACCACAUCAUGCCCUACCGAGGACCCCCCGACCAUCCCGGAGACCGAACAGGCUGUGAUUGCCGGCUAUCAAGCCAAACUCGCUGAUCUUGCCGUAGUUGAUGAUUCCAGAGGCAAUGCGUAUCUGGUGGGGCCCAAUACUGCAUGCCCGAUCCCCGGAACUGUCCUGACGCUGGAACUUCGCGGCUUGGAUGACUCGGCAGAUGCGAAUGAGCCUACGACUGACACUAUUGCGUGGAACGGCAUCUUCUCUGGCCCCGCAAUCAAGUACACGACUCCGCCGUCUGACACGCCGACCACCAACUCUCAGUAAUGUCGAGCUAGGCAACACUGUUGAUUGACGAGAUCCCAAUCUACAACAUCCUCCCAAUCAGAAACAUGUCGAUUCCUUGUCGAGAAAACCUAUCUUACCCUCACUUCUGUCCUGUUCUCUGGGCGAGGCCCUGUUGUGGUCUAAGCCUGUACCUUGUAUCCAAGUAAGGGUAUUGGCGGUGAUGGUCUUUGUUUUGGGGUGUGCUCGUGGUAUCGAAGCACGAUCUUUUUGCGGCAAACAGUGGCAGGUUGUUAGUGAUGCUCAAUAGAAAACAAUACAAGCAGGGCUUAUCAACUU